GGCCCAUGAUCAGAGGGAUUUUUUAUUUAAGCACUUCCAAAUUUCAUAUCCCAUUUACAGACACAUGACACACAGAUAAAAGCGGCAGCUGAGGCUCUUCUCCUCCACCAUGAAAGGUAGAUAAUAGGAAGAACCAGAGCAAGCUUCCCAAUCUUCUCAAAAUCUCUCUCUCUCUCUCUCUGUCCCCCCAACUUCAGAGACAUCUACCAAGGUAAGAUAAUGGCUUCCUCGACUGACAAGUCAAUCAAAAAAGAAGUUUCCAGAUUGGAAGCCAAGAACAAGAACUACACUAAGAAGGAAGUCAGCAAGGGAGCUUGGACGGCAGAGGAAGAUCGGAAACUGGCAGAGGUCAUUGAAAUCCAUGGUGCAAAAAGGUGGAAGAAAAUUGCAGAUAAAGCAGGUCUGGAUCGGUGCGGUAAGAGUUGUAGACUGAGAUGGCUGAAUUACCUGAGACCCAACAUCAAGAGAGGGAAUAUAUCUGCCCAAGAAGAGGAUUUGAUUCUGAGGCUCCAUAAACUACUGGGAAACAGAUGGUCUCUGAUUGCUGGAAGAUUACCCGGCCGAACAGAUAAUGAGAUAAAGAACUACUGGAAUUCUCAUUUGAGCAAGAAAAUAAAACAGGAGAAACAGAGAGCAACUGCUACAGGAGAAGGCUGCAAUGCUCAGGAAAAUAAAAUGGAAGAGAAAGUCAAUGUAGAAUUGAGAGAGGAGGAAAAUUCAGCCGGAGGAGUUGCAGACUCAGAUAAAAUCAAAUUUGAUGCAGAUGAGUUCUUUGAUUUCUCUAAUGAAAGUGCGUUGAAUUUAGAGUGGAUUAGCAAAUUCCUCGAACUGGAUCAAGACUUCAAUGUAAUACAGGAUAACAACAUGGCUAGCUAAAUAUUUUAGAAAAAAGAGAGAAGAAAAUUCGCAACCUAAGGCAAUAUAAGUAUGAUCAACAGGAGCACUAAACUGCAGACUCUGGUAUUUAAUCCUCGUUCGGUGGUGACAGAUAUUAUCUCUCUCUCUUGGAAAAGUUGUCGAGUACAGAGCCACUCAUGAUAUGCAAACUCAUUUCGAGGAGAAAGUAGCGGAAAGCAUUGUAUCGUUCUUUGCAUAAUCAAUAGCAUUUGUACAAAGUCAUAAUAUUUUGAAGGGACCAACAAAACACUCUCACAGUCUCACUAA